AUGGAUGAUCUCUCGUUGGAGUCAGCUAACAUGGAGAAUUUGUACUCGGAACAAGAAGAGCCGCAGAUUCCCACCGGCCCUCUCAUCGACGAUGACGGGAAAUACGGAGAGCUCAUUUUGUUGGGCUACAACGGCACGGGUGAGGGCAAUCUGAGGCAUGGAUCGAAGAAGCAGCGCUCGAAAUUCGUCCUGAUGCGCAGAACGACUGGAAAUGGAAUCAAAAAGAUGAGCACCUCUUCAGUGGCGAUGCCGCCAAAAGAUGCGCCGGCAGUGUUGGAUAAAGAUCGUCACGUCGUUUCGUAUGCCUACAAAUCGCACACAAUCUUGGUCGAGUAUUCGAUGGAUCCGAACAAGGACAUGUUUCAGAUUGGUCGCUCAUCAGAGGAUCAAAUCGAUUUCACGAUCGUUGACACGUGGCUCGUUUCCGGCGUUCACAAUUCGAGUCAUGGAGGCAAAAGUCACAAGAACGAAAAGGACACUCGGCCGAUUUCGUCGACGAUUUCGAGGUACGCUUGCCGCAUUUUGGUUGAUCGCGACAAUUGUAAUAAAGCGUAUCUCUAUGCGGCUGGUUUCGAUGGAAAGAAGAAUAUUUUCUUAGGGGAAAAAGCCACAAAAUGGUCAAAAGUGAAGAGUUCGGAGAUGGACGGGUUGACAACGAAUGGGGUUCUCAUUUUACAUCCGAAUCGAAACACAGAAGAUGGAUCAGAGGAUGAUGAGGGAGCGAUGUACGUGUGGAGAGAGGUAUCAGUUGAUGGUGAUAUGUUCACAUUACGAGAAACGCGAAGCAGUAACACGAAAGGGGAAUUGAUGCUAGAAGAGACGAGUAUGCUGCAAGACGGUACACUGAUCGAUUUGUGCGGAGCAACGUUAUUGUAUCGAACAGCUGACGGUUUGGCGAGAAGUCCGACGGAGAGAGAAUUGAAUAUUUCCCUCGAUCGGCUUAAUGCUGGCAAACCCCAGUGUCCAGUCAAUCUAAACACCCUGGUGAUUCCAAGAAAGAAAACAAACGAAAAAGACAAAGAUUUCAGUCGACAACCCUAUGUGUACUUGCGAUGUGGACAUGUGCAGGGGAAACACGAUUGGGGACUUCAAGUCAGUGCUGGUGGCACGAGGACCACACAUAAAUGUCCGGUGUGCCUUAUUGAGAGUGAACGCGUACUCUCACUCACAAUGGGAAUGGAAUCCGCUUUUCACAUCGAUUCGGGCGUUCUCGAUUAUGCUUUCAAUCCGUGUGGCCAUGUUGCUUCGUUGAGUACUGUUAGGUAUUGGUCUCGUAUCCCGCUUCCCCAUGGGACGAAUUCAUUCCAUCCAGUAUGUCCCUUUUGUACAUCGCUUCUCGCCUCGAAGAAACCCUACGUUCGGCUGAUCUUCCAGGAUCAUCUAGGCAUU